ACAAAGAAGGUAUGAAAAUUAGCUGUAUGCAUGUGGUGUUUACAUCAUUGGUUUCAAGUGUGAUGAAUAAUUCUUAAAAGUUGGACAAUUUUAUACAAAGUCCACUUCAAGUUGCUGACACAGAGUUUUGUGGCAUUGCAUAUUCACAUGUGACUGACGGGAAUAAUGCACAAGUUUGAAUGCUGAGUACUUUCAGAUAUGGACUAGUUAGGAACUUGGAUGUGACUUCACUUCAUUAUUGUAAAUAGAACUCUAUGGAAUAUUUGAUCUCAGACACAUGUAUCUAAGUCAAUAAGAUGUCCCACGCAAGUAGAAGGAUGAUUUCCAGAAGACUUUUGUAUGGGUGUCUGGCAACUAGAGAAGAAAUAAAAUUGUUACAGAAGUCGUACACAAAUCAUAGUUCUGAGGGUAAUGGCCCGGAAUACAACUACAGUCUGUCAGGCCGGGGGAAAAGGUCUCAAAAGUCUUUCAUUGGACAGAAGUUGGACAUCGCUGUACAAGGUGAAGUUUUGUAUGGUAUUCAUCCCAUCUCUCUGGCCCUCAGGGCAAAGAAGAGACAGUUCUACCAACUCUACCUAAAAAAGAACACGGCUUUCAGGGCGGAAGCAGAGAGGGCGAUAGAGAUGGCAGCCAAGCUGUCAGUCCCAGUGGUCUCUGUAGAGAAAGGUGUGCUGGAUAAGCUGAGUGGGUCACGGCCAAACCAAGGAAUGUGCAUGGAUGUAUCGGAACUUCCCAUCUCCACCAUCUCGUCCCAAAUCUGGACAGCUUUAAAGGAGUCCAGAUGGAAACAUCCUAUUUGGUUGAUGCCGUACAAUGUGCAGGACCCCAUGAACUUUGGAGCCAUCCUCAGAACAUCGUAUUUCCUAGGCAUUGAUCAUGUCCUUGCUCCACAGAAAAACAGUUGUAGGCUUAGCCCGGUUGUGAGCAAGGCAAGUUCUGGAGCACUGGAGGUGAUCAAUAUGGCGAGAAUUGAGGAGGAGAAGGACAUACUGGACACUCUGCAGAACUGGAAACAAAUGGGAGGCGUAGUGAUUGCAGCCUCCACUGCUGUUCUGCAGGGCAGUACAAGGAUACCAUUACCAGACUUACUGGUGGAUAAACCAGUCUUUCUUAUUGUUGGUAAUGAAGAGAAGGGUAUAAGCAGAACUGUGAUGAAGCAGUGUGACCAGGCUGUGUACAUAGCUGGCUCGGAUGCCGGAUUGCUUGGAUCACUGAAUGUGUCUGUUGCUACAGGAAUUAUUCUUCACCAUCUUGUGACAGAAAAUGAAAGAAUCCAAGACUGACCCGUCAACCAUUAAAAAGCUUCCUUGUGCAUUUUCAGAUUACAGAAAACUUGUGACAGAGUUUUUGUGAACAUUAGUAUACAAUGGGGACCCCCUGAUGACACUACUUAAAAAUCAAACCACCGUGUUCAUAUAUAAUACUGUGAAGCUUAUUAGACAGCAUCCAGUAUACAGAAUAUUUUUGAUAAGAGAAUCUGAUGAUUGGCACCAAAUCAUGUGCAGAGCUUAACUCUAAAUACGUAUUUACCACUAAUGAAAUUAAAAUAUUUGGAUUUUUAAAAA